GUUGCGCAUGUGAGUUAGCCUAGCCUACACAUUGCGGAGAAUGUCGAUAUGAUUGUUUGUAUCUCGAACUGGUUUAUACGAUUUGUACUAUGAGGAAUAAAGGUUGAACCACUGAGACGCAUCGUUCGGACUGCUAUUUGAUCCAGGACAAAUCAUUUAUUAAAAACUUGCACAGCACUGCCAAACAGUUUCAGUCAGCGAUACAAACAAAGGUUCUGCGAAUGGGACGCUUCUAAAUCGUGGUGAAGGUGUUACUUCACACAAAGAAAGUGCUAAAGUGAAGUGAGCCCUUGUUGUUUGGUUCUUCAAGAGUGCUGCGGUGUCCCAUAUGCUACGAUGAGUGAAAUGUGCAAAAAAGGAUUUUCAGCCCUACUUAUUUAAAACUCCGACCAACCAGGAACUUCCAUGGAAUAAAUUGAAAGCCAUUCCGGCUGUCAAAAUGAGCCCUUAUUUUCACUUUUUGAGGAUUUCGCAAAUUAUCCUAGCGAUGGUUUCAACAAUAGUUACACAAGAACUGGAGAGCUCAGAGCUGGGAGAGGGCACCAAGAGCCCCCCUCCAUUCCCCAUGUCCCUCCCCAUCAGCCUCCAGGUGCUGGACGCAGACUACCUCUUCCUGGAGGAAGCCAACCAGGGCCUCAUGCAGAACUCCAGCAUGCAGACGCACGUCCAGCCUCUGGUCCUCCUUCGGACCAGCCGACCACCCUCCAUCAACGCCACCUAUGGGCCUCUGUCCGUGGCCACGGCCGUGCCGCCUGAACUAGUCCAGACGGGCCAGCUCUUCCGCUCCCCCAGGGCCUCCACCUUCGGCUGGAGGAUCCAGUCCUUCGUGCUGACGCGCCACGUCCUCUCCUCCGCGCCCCGGGUGCGGGUACUGUUCUACGUGGUGGGGCGGGAGUGGGGCGGCGGAGAUGAGGACGAGCUGCCCUGCGUGACGGUGUUCGCCUUCUGGCAGACGCAGCAGGUGCGGGGCUCCUGCUCCCUCCGGCGGGAGAGGGGGACCUGCAUGGCGCAGCUGGAGCCCAGGGCCGGCUGGUUCAGCCAGGCCGAGGAGAGCUCCAGCCGGGAGAGGCAGGAGCCGGCGGGGGGCGACGCCGUGGAGCUGUACUACCAGGCGCAGCGGGGCGAGUGCGGGGGCCAGGACGGGAGGCCGAGGGCCGGCCCACAGCGGGACGAGGAUUCCGCCACGCCCAUGCAGAGAAUCGGCAGCGUGCGCCUCCUGCAGGCUCCCCGGGGGAACGCGUCCGUCUCUCAGCUCAAACUCGGGGACACCGUCGUCAUACAGACGUCCUCCAAGCCGCUGAAGAAAAGUGAUGUCGCCACCUUCUACGUCUUUGUGUCCGGCUCCUCCUCCUUGGACAGAUUUACUCUCAAAACAACCGUGAAGAAGGGUGUGUCUUUCAGCACAGCCACGCCCAGCAACUCACUCUGGGACACAGCCCUAGACACUGGGGUGGAUGGCACCAUUUCCAUUGCGUGCCAGAAGAAGACCGCCAUAUCCAGGAAAAGGUUGGGUAGCAGCCUUAUUGAGAUCCUGCAGCUGGACUUUGAAGCUGAGGAGCUCAGCGGGCUUUCUGAGGGCCACGUGAUCAAGUGGCGGCUGGAGUUGCCGGGGAAGACCAAGAGGGGCGACGAGGGCACCAUGACGAUCUACACCACUCAAAGGGACUUUGUGGGCCUGGCUCCACUUGUGAUGGACACAGAGAUCCUGAACACGGCGGUGCUCACCGGUAAGAGGGUCACGGUGCCAGUGAGGACGGUGGCAGUUGAGCAGGACGGGUCGGUCACAGACGUCUCCGAUUUCACAGACUGCAGGUCCACCGACGAGGACAUCCUGAAGGUGUCAGACAGGUGCGACUACGUCUUUGUGAACGGGAAGGAGAUGAGGGGGAAGGUCAAGAUGGCGGUGAACUUCACCUACAGCUACCUGAGCGCCCAGCUGGAGAUGACAGUGUGGAUCCCCCGCCUCCCUCUGCAGAUGGAGGUGUCCGACUCCGAGCUCAGCCAGAUCAAGGGCUGGAGGGUGCCCAUCGUGGCCAGCAAGAGAACCGGCUGGGACAGCGAGGAAGAGGAGGACCGCAAAGGGAAGGGCUGCACGCUGCAGUUCCAGCACGCCCUGGUCCGCGUGCUCACGCCCUUCGUGGCCGAUCAGUCGGACCCGCGUGAGCCCCUGGCCUACUUCCUGGGCGAGGACUGGCAGGUGGACGUCACCAAGCUGGUGCGCUACUUCCUGAAGGUGGAGGACCCGCGCAUCGCCCGGCUGCAGGCGGGGAGGGUGCUGUCCGGCCGGGAUUUCGGGGUCACCAGCAUCCAGGUGAUGUCCCCUCUGUCAGACUCUAUCCUGGCUGAGAAGACGGUGACGGUGCUGGAUGACAAAGUGACCAUCACAGAGCUGGGCGUGCAGCUGGUUUCUGGGCUCUCCCUCUCCCUGCAGCUCAGCCCAGGAAGUAACAGGGCCAUCGUUGCCACGGCUAUCACGCAGGAAGUGCUGCAAAGCCCCAAACAGGAAGCAGUCAUUAGCUCCUGGAUCCAGUUCAGCGAUGGUUCUCUAACGCCCCUGGACAUCUACGACCCCGGCUACUACACGCUGGUGCUGACCUCGCUGGACGAGCGCGUGGCGUCGGUGCGUAAGUCCCCCGCAGCGGUGGUGGCGGAGGGCGAGGGCCAGGGGGCGCUGCUGAAAGUCGAGCUGAUAAUUGCGGAGUCGUGCCAGAAGUCCAAGCGCAAGAGCACGCUGGCGGUGGGCAGCGGCACCCUCAAAGUCCACUUUCAGCCCGGCAGCCGGCCGCCGGGUAACCAUAGCAACAGCAGAGACGGUGAGGAGCAGAAGCCCCAGCGGGGCCCGACCAACAGCUUGACGACGGAGCGCGAGGAGAGCGCCAUGCGCAAGGUCACCACCACCGCGCGCUCCACCGCGCAGGACGUGGCAGCAGGCGGCGACGGGAGGGGCAACGUGGGAAACAUCGUGAAUGCAGCGACCGUGGCCAGGCCUGGGGGCGGGGGCAGGGCCGCUGACAAGGCAGGCCCCGGCAGAGAUGGCAGCGUCGUCGGGCGUCGCCCGGGAAAGGACCAUAGCAACCUGGUGGACUACACCAGCUUCCCCUCCCAGGUGGAGGUGCCUGAGCAGGGGGAGGAGGACGAGGAGGACGAGGAGGAGGCGGGGAACCACCUGACGCGGGCUUCCCGCCCCCUCACGGACCUGGAGAUCGGCAUGUACGCCCUGCUGGCUGUCUUCUGCCUGGCCAUCCUGGUGUUCCUGGUCAACUGCACCUCCUACAUGGUGAGCUUCCGGCACAAGCCGGUUCCCGUGCCGGGCCAGGAGCCGCACGGUCACAGGCACGACUGGGUGUGGCUGGGCACCGACGCCGAGCUGGUGAUGAACAUGCCAGGCACGCCGCCCCCCCAGGACGGGCACAGGACCACCGUCAUCGACAUCGCCCCGGCCGCGGAGAACACCUCCACUCUGCGCCGCGGGGACGGUGGCUCGCCCCGGGCUGACGGCCCCGUGGGCUGCAUGGGGUCCCUGAGGGCCAAGGCCAACGGGGGCGAGCCUGUGCACUCCCCCACCAGCAAGAGGAAGAGGGUCCAGUUCACCACCUUCGCCUCGCUGGACCGGCGUCGCUCGCCCGACCUGAGAGAGGACACUCAGGACAUCCAGUGGGUGGGGAAGGGAGAGGACUGCGAGGAACCCGAAGUGCCCGCCACGGUCUAUGACUGCGACCGCUCUGGGUCCCCCGCCGUGGACCGUCUAUGACUGUGACCGCGACCACUCUGGGUCCGGCUGCGUGCCAGUGUCCGUUCACCUGGAUGCCUUCCAUGGACCGGAAAGGACAGGAGCAUGUGGCUAACAGGACAGGCCACCACCCCCGGGGAUAGGAACAGUACUGUCAGUCUGGGAAGCGUGCUUCAGCAGACUGCCUAACGAUGCUCACAGGCCUGUAACAAACACGGCGCUCUGCUCUGAGACAGUGAGCUGGCAGGCCAUUCUGUCACAUGUCGCAUUUAUAAUGGAAUAGGCUUCAGACAGACUCAUGUCAGUCAUAUUAGCUGAGGGGAAGUCUAUAGCACUGGAGUGUGGUGGAGGGGCAAGAGCACCAAUCAUGCUGCCGGGACCACACCGUGUCCUCAUCUCCCCUUCGUAGAACUGGACAUACACACACACACGUACACGAACACACAAAACACUACAGCAUGCAUGCCAAUAUUAAUGACACCAAAUGUAACCAGGAAACACAGUUAAACAAAUAAGGGAUUGUUUUAUAUCUGGAUUUGUCAAUACUGUAUAGGAGUAUUUGUUCCUUUAAAUUAAUUUCAUUUUUUGACAUUGUUACUUUUUUAUGUACAGCCGGAUAUGAUUUCUUAUUAAAAACUAGAAGACUGAAUACAUUUUACCUACCUUGUUUUUGAUUAUUCUGGGUAUGUUUAAAACAGAAGAAGAAGGUGUAAAACAAAGUCUUCUUUAAGGGUCCAGGCAUUUCAGAUCAGAUAAACUGCAGGGAGGCUAUUGAAACCAUGUUAUUUUUUUGGCUCGUUCCACUUGAAAGCCUCACCCUUGUACUGUGACAGUGGCGUGUCUGCCCAUAGUCUUGCCUGUGAGUAAUAAAUGAUCUCAGCUUACACAGGAUAAGAUAGUAAUACUUUGGCUCUGUAGCCAGCUUUGAAUAAACCUCCUUGCUGGAGCUGCCAAGAUACACCAUUGGAGCCUGGGGGAAGAUAAUGGGCCUAUCAAUCAGUCAGUCAAUCAGCUUCAGCACAACUCUCAUAACAAUGGCACUGUCUCAGCAUGCUUUGCAAAGCGAGGCGCGACAUGGCAAAGUGCCUGCGAAAAAUGAAACAUAAUUAGAACUUGUUUAAUUGAAAAAUGGUUUAUGUGACCAGAUUUCUGAGGCUGCUUCUGUUUAUUGUGCUAAUAUCUUUACGGUGCCCAACAACUGAAGCUGUAUUUCACUGUGAAACGCUGGGUUGAGCCAUGUCCUCCAUGCCAGGUGGCUCAGUUAUGCG